CCGGGGGCGAGCGCCGUUGGGCGCGCGGGGGGAGAUUUGCGUAACGCGCGGCGGCUCCUGCGCACCCUCCGCAGGGCGGGCGCCGCAGGGGCGCGCGGGAACGUGCGUAGCGUGCGUAGCGUGCGUAGCGUGCGUAGCGUGCGCAGCGUUCCUAAGGUGGGGCGGAGACGCUGCGCGGCUGUUGCCCCGCCAGGAGCGGUGUGGCGCGGCGCGGAGCGGAGCAGAGCCCGGCUGGGCUCGGUGUGGCCGCGAUCGCCAUGUUGAGGCGCAGCAAGGCCGAGGUGGAGCGCUAUGUCGCCGCCGUGCAGGCCGCUGCGCCUUCCCUGAGAGAGAAAUCGUUGAAAGGAUUCCUUUUUGCUAAGCUGUAUUUUGAAGUAAAAGAGUAUGAACUUGCUAAAAGGUACAUAUGUACAUACCUCAGUGUGCAAGAGAGAGAUCCGAAAGCACACAGAUUUCUUGGACAAAUUUAUGAAGCUGAGGACAACACAGAAAAAGCUUUUGGAUGUUACAAGCGUUCUGUGGAGUUGAACCCAGCGCAGAAAGAUCUAAUACUGAAGAUAGCUGAGUUACUGUGCAAUAAUGACGUCACUGAUGAAAGAGCAAAAUACUGGGUUGAAAAAUCUGCUAAGUUGUUUCCUGGAAGCCCUGCUGUUUACAAGUUGAAGGAGCAGUUGCUGGAUUGUAAAGGUGAAGAUGGAUGGAAUCAACUUUUUGACUUGAUUCAAGCAGAGCUCUAUGCAAGACCAGAUGAUAUCUACAUUAACAUCAGACUAGUUGCACUCUACCGGUCAAAUAAUAGGCUGAGAGAUGCUGUUCUCCAUUGUCAGGAGGCAAAGAAGAAAAUACCUUUGCAGUCAAGCUUGGAAUGGUGCUCCUGUGUCAUAGAGACAUUUGAGGAAUACCUGGAAUCUGUACAAGACUUGGAGUCUGAUAAAAGUAAUUGGAGAACUAUCAAGAAAGAUCAACUGCUGGCCUAUUGCAGCUUUCUUAAAGUGACGCUAUCUUCUAGAGAUGCUCAAGAAUGCAGAGGCGCACUCAAAAAUCUUGAUCGUGUGCUUCACUCAGUGAAAACCUAUGUGAGUGGGACUGACGAGUUGUCUCGUACCUUCAUCGAAAUGAAAGGACAGUUAUACAUGCAUGCUGGAACUUUGCUACUGAAAUUGGCUCAGCAGAACGAGGCACAGUGGAAAGAGGCUUGUGAACUGGCAGCAUUGUGUUACUUGAUAAGUUUCCAGGUUCCUAAACCAAAGUCAAAACUAAUAAAAGGGGAGCAUACUGGACAAGAUACGCUGGAAAUGUUGGCCUGUGAUCGGAAAAGCCAGUCUGGUCAUAUGCUGCUAAAAUUGAGCCAUGGCAAGGAAGACUUCCUGAAAGAGGUUGUGGAAUCUUUGGCAAACAAAAGCGGUUCAUCUACGCUGUUUGGUAGUCUCUUUGAGAAUGGAGCUUCCAGAGAGAGGUCUUUCCUUGGUACAGAUGAUAUUGGAAAUGUCAGUAUGCAAGCACCAGUGCAAGCGGAACUUCAUAAAUAUGAUCUUGGUGCCGUUCGAAUGCACAAUGGUAGUCUCCAGCACCUCGUGUGGCUUUGUUUGCAGUGGUUCUUGAUGUCAGUGUUACCCCCAGUGCACAGAUGGCUAAAACAACUUUUUCACUUGCCCCAAGAAACAUCAAGACUAGAGACAGAUGCUCCUGAAUCCAUUUGCCUGUUAGACCUUGAAGUAUUUCUGCUUGGAGUGGUAUUCACUAGCAACUUACAAUUGCAAGAGAAGUUUAACGCUCACUACAGUGCACAUCAGCCUCAGUUCUUACCAUUGCUAGUGUGCAAACAGCUCUAUACUGAAAAGCAAAGAGCCUGGUGGGAUGCCGUUCGUACUCUUAUGCAGAGAAAAACAAUACCAGAAACAGCACUAAAACUGAGGCUUGUAGUACAGCAUGGAAUAAGUACUCUGCGAGCACUGGAAAAACAUGGCCUUCAACCUGCCUUAAUUAUACACUGGGCAAAAACACUGCAAAAAACCGGCAUUAGUCUUAACUCCUUUUAUGACCAGAAGGAAUACGUUGGACGAAGUGUUUACUACUGGAAGAGAGUCUUGAUUAUGUUGGAAAUAGUCAAAAAGAAGAGAAGUAUUCCUGAACCUACUGAUCCUCUCUUCAAACAUUUCCGUAGUGUUGACAUCCAGGUCUCGCAGGUUACAGUCUAUGAAGAAGAGGCACGUAUAGCAUUUGCAACGUUGGAUGCAGUUGAUGGCAGAACUGAUGAUGCUUUGUUAGCAUUUGAAGCUAUUAAGAAUGUCGUUUCAUACUGGAAUCUUGCUAUAAUCUUCCAAAGAAAGGCAGAGGAGAUUGAGAAUGAUGCCAUGUUGCCAGAAGAACAAGAAGAACACAAAGCCUAUCUUUUUAAAAGCAAGCAUUAUCUAAUGAAGAUCUUAGACGAAAGCUCCUCAGAUGUGUCAGUAACUGAGAAACUGCCGGUAUCUGUUGAAACUGUGAGGGAAAUGUUGGACACAGUGAUUCAGGAACUUGGAGAGAACGAUGAAGAGGGAAGUCUCGCCUUCGGAAAUGAUCUGUCACCAGCUGUGGAUUCAGAAGUGAAACAUUCCACUCCAUUGUCUAAUAACUUCUCUGUCUCACCAUCUAAGAGCUACAAGUUUUCUCCUAAAAAUCCCCCUCAGUGGGCAGAAGAUCACAGAUCUAUACUUCAAAUGAUCUGUCAGCAAGUGGAAGCUUUAAAGAAUGAGAUGCAAAAAAUGAAACACAACAAUUCCAACUCGAAUGUAUCAUCUCAUCGGUGGCCUGGUGAAAGCUAUGGAACAGAUACUAUGUCAGAUACCUAUCAGAGAGCACAAAAUCUUCAUGAAGCUCCAUUAACAGUUGCUACUACUGGCCCAUCUGUUUACUAUAGCCAGUCACCUGCCUAUAACUCUCAGUAUCUUCUCAGAACUGCUGCGACCAAUGUAACACCAACAAAGGCACCUGUCUAUGGCAUGAACAGACUUGCACCUCAGCAACAUAUAUAUGCUUAUCAACAAACAAUCCAUACACCACCUCUGCAAAACACUUCUGCUUGUGUGUUUCCCCAAGACCUAUAUGGCACGUCUUUGCGUUUUGAUGCUCCUGGGAUCAUUUCCCCUCGUGGGACUGGUGAUUACUACAAUUACAGUGUUCCACAGGCAAGCACAAAUCCACAGCUACCUGGACCUGGCUAUUUCACAAAGCCUUCAGUCACACCAACAACUUUAAAACCUGCAGAAUCAAAAAUGAUAGAAUUUCCAAAAUCUAAAUUUGGACAGCCAGGAACAGUAGAAGGGUCAAAAACACGUCUGCCAAUACCAGCACAGUCAAGUCAACCAACAACUUUUAAAUUCAACACUAACUUCAAGUCUAAUGAUGGAGACUUUACCUUUUCUUCUCCUCAAGCUACAACACAGCCUGCUAAUGCAGUUUUUAACAGCAGUGAAAGCCUUUUGGGUCUUCUGACAUCUGAUAAACCUUUACAAGAUGACAGAUAUGCUGAGCAAAAAGCAGUUAACAACCACACAACUGGUCAAAGAAAUGUAUUCAGUUUUGGUAAUAAACAUAUUUCAGGCAUCCCUUUUACCGAAGGCAUGGCACAGAAUGCACAUAAAAACUUGGCUUUUGAGAGGAGUGAUAUGUUUAGUUUCCAAGAACCAAGCAAGUCUUUAUUUAUGACUUCAACUUCUGAUUUGGCCAAUAGAAGUCAUGAAACAGAGGGAGGAAGCACCCUUGGAGAUGAGAAUGAUGAUGGUCCUCAUUUUGAUCCUGUGGUGCCCCUCCCUGACAAGAUUGAAGUAAAGACAGGUGAGGAAGAUGAAGAAGAAUUCUUCUGUAACAGAGCCAAACUGUUUCGUUUUGAUGCAGAAUCUAAGGAAUGGAAAGAAAGGGGUAUUGGAAAUGUGAAAAUACUGAAGCAUAAAGUAUCUGGCAAAUUCCGUCUCUUAAUGAGACGGGACCAAGUACUGAAAAUCUGUGCAAAUCACUACAUAAAUACUGAUAUGAAAUUAACUCCAAAUGCUGGAUCAGAUAGGUCAUUUGUAUGGCAUGCUUUGGAUUAUGCAGACGAGUUGCCAAAACCAGAACAGCUUGCAAUUCGGUUUAAAACACCAGAGGAAGCAAUGCUUUUCAAAAGUAAGUUUGAGGAGUCACAGAACAUUUUAAAAACCCUAGGAUCAAAUGUUGACACAUCUGUGACUCAGAGUAGUGGGACUGCAAGAGAAAUGACAAGUCAGGAUAUCAAGAAGUCUAAUGGAUCGACCUCAGGGACCCUGAACUCUGUAUUUCAGUUUCCAAAAGAUGGAGUGACCAGUGAAUCUGGUAACAAAGUCAGUCUUAAAUCUGUUCCAAGUGCAUCUGCCCUUCCAACUUUCUCAUUCAGAAAGGAAGCUCAGGAAACCCUUUCUUCUGGUGGGUUUGGACAGUCACUCUUGAAGAAAGAUCAAUGGGAAUGUAAGGUGUGUUCAGUUCCAAAUGAAGCAACUGCAAAGAAUUGUGUAUCGUGCCAAAGCCCAAAUGCAGAUACGUGGCAAACAUAUGGCACCCCAUCAACUGAAUCCACUCCAAGUUUCAAAGCCACCGGUAACACUGUGCAGGACAAAUUUGGAUCUGCCUUUGCUAAAAAGGAAGGUCAGUUGGAUGGCAGCAUCCGUUCUGUGAGAAACGAACCUGUUGCCUCCCAGAAUCCAAGCAAAAUGAAUACAGAAAUAUCUCCUCAAGUUUCUUUUAAAUUUGUAUUAGAUGCUCCAAAAACCAUUCAAAAUGACUUGGGAACUCCUUUUUCUAAAAAAGCAGGUCAGUGGGACUGCUCUGUAGGCCUAGCCCAAAAUGAAGCCAAUGAUGAAAACUGUCAUUCUUGCCAGAAUCCUAAAUCACAAAGUCAACCAAAUGUGCCUGUGUCUACUGCUCAGGCACUUCCAGCUCCCAGCUUCAGUUCCGUUGCUGACGCAACUGCAACUAAGCCACAGGAGAAUACAUUUGCGGAGCUUUUUGCUAAAAAGGAAGGUCAGUGGGAUUGUAAUACUUGUCUUGUAAGGAAUGAAGGUUCUUCACCAGCCUGUGUAGCUUGUCAAACACCAAAUCCAUCUGGUAAUUCUGUUAAUGAUGCUUCAUCAACAUCUACUUCUGAUUUGAAAAGUAAACUAUCUGAACCUGCCAAAGGACAACUAGGAACAGGUUUUAAGUGUGAUUUCUUAGGAAAGGGCUUUAAGUUAGGUCAUGCUGAGCAAGGCAAGACACCAGCAUUUACAUUUCAAAUUCCUGCUGAUUCUGAAGUGAAGUCUGCAAAGGAAGGAUUUAACUUUUCAAUGUCAGUGCCUCCAGGUGGAUUUAAAUUUAGCAUACAGGAACCUAGCAAAAAUGCUACUAAGAAAGAUGAUCCAUCCAAAGAGUGUACAGCUGGCAGCUUAAAAAAUGUUGAUGAAAAAGACAAAAAAGAACUGCCUUCAGAUAGUGGAAUUUCCCUCCAAUCUCAAGAAACUGCAAGCAAGGAGAAGGUUGACUUUGUUUUUGGCCAAAAUAGCAGCACUUUUACUUUUGCCGAGCUUGCAAAAAGUACCCCUGGGGAAGGCUUUCAAUUUGGCAAAAAGGACCCUGACUUCAAAGGCUUCUCAGGUGCAGGCGAAAAGCUGUUUUCUUCACAGGUUUCUACUAAAACGGAUCACAAAGCAAGCACCUCUGCUGACCUUGGUGAGAAGGAUGAUGAUGUGUAUAAGACUGAGGAUAGCGAUGAUAUCCAUUUUGAUCCUAUAGUUCAGAUGCCUGAAAAGGUAGAACCGUUCACUGGAGAGGAAGAUGAGAAAGUGCUAUACUCACAAAGAGUGAAGUUAUUCAGGUUUGAUCCAGAAACAAGCCAGUGGAAAGAACGUGGGGUGGGCAACCUGAAGAUUCUUAAAAACGAAGUUAAUGGCAAAGUAAGAAUACUAAUGCGACGUGAGCAAGUACUGAAGGUGUGUGCGAAUCACUGGAUAACGACAACAAUGAACUUGAAACAGCUCUCUGGCUCAGACAAAGCGUGGAUGUGGAUGGCCAGUGACUUCUCUGAUGGUGAUGCGAAGCUGGAACAGCUGGCAGCAAAAUUCAAAACACCAGAGCAAGCUGAGGAAUUCAAACAGAAGUUUGAAGAAUGUCAGAGGCUACUGCUAGAUAUACCGUUGCAGACACCUCACAAACUUGUCGAUACAGGUAGGACAGCUGAACUUAUACAGAAAGCAGAAGAAAUGAAGAGUGGCUUAAAAGACCUCAAAACAUUUCUGACAGAUGACAAAACUAAACUGACAGAAGAGGAAAAUGUAAACUCUGCUUCUGCCAGUAGUACUUCUGAUUUGGUUGUAAAGCCCCCCGCUGAAAGUACCGGGCCCGCUCUGGAAUGGGAUAACUGUGAUUUGCGUGAGGAAGCUUUGGAUGACAGCGUAAGUAGCUCCGUGUACGCAUCACCUCUUGCAAGUAGCCCUGUACGGAAAAAUCUGUUUAGAUUUGGAGAGUCUACUACAGGCUUUAAUUUCAGCUUUAAAUCUGCCUUGAGCCCAUCCAAAUCUCCUUCCAAGCAGAACCAGAGUAGAACAUCUGUAGGCACAGAUGAAGAUUCUGAUGUUACUCAAGACGAGGAGAGAGAUGGGCAGUACUUUGAACCUGUGGUACCUCUGCCUGACCUCGUGGAAGUGACCAGUGGUGAGGAAGACGAGCAAGUUGUCUUCAGUCACAGAGCUAAACUCUACAGAUAUGACAAAGACACUAAUCAGUGGAAAGAGAGAGGUAUUGGGGAGAUCAAGAUACUGCAGAACUAUGACAACAAACAAGUGCGUAUAGUAAUGAGAAGGGACCAGGUACUAAAACUCUGCGCCAAUCAUAGAAUAACACCAGAUAUGAAUAUGCAACAAAUGAAAGGAUCUGAUAGAGUGUGGGUAUGGACCGCGUGUGACUUUGCAGAUGGAGAACGGAAAGUCGAGCUUCUAGCUGUGCGAUUCAAACAGCAAGAUGUGGCAGACUCAUUUAAGCAGAUUUUUGAUGAAGCAAAGAAUGCCCAAGAGAAAGGAACACUGAUAACGCCUCUUUAUUCUCGUGCCAAUACACCAAAAGAAUCUCCAUGUGGUAAAAAUGCUGUAGCUGUACUGGAAGAAACUACUAGAGAAAGAACCGACCUCAGCCAGGGCGAUGAUACUUCUGAGGUAACUGUAGAGGCCUCAGAGGUGUCGAGCACAUCUGAAACGCCAACAAAAACAGUGGUUUCUCCUCCGAAGUUCGUAUUCGGAUCUGAAUCUGUCAAGAGCAUUUUCAGUAAUGAAAAGUCAAAGACAUUCACAUUUGGAAAUACUUCGGCCACUGGUUCUCUCUUUGGGUUCAGCUUUAAUUCUCCAAGAAAAGGCGAAGGCAGUAUUCCAGCGUCGGAGAAGGAAGUAGCUGGACCAAGAAGCUCCAGUGCACUGCAGAAGCCUCAAGACAGCAAGGCAUGCAACUUGGCUACUUCGACACAUGAUGGGCCUGCCAACUUCUCAUUUAGAAUUGUGGAAAAAGCUGAGGAGAAGACAGUGCCAGAAGAUGAUCUUCCAACUGAUGAGGUUAUAAUUGUUUACGAGUUAACACCUACCCCUGAGCAGAGAGCUCUUGCUGGCUUUCUUAAACUACCUUCAACAUUCUUCUGCUAUAAGAAUAAGCCUGGAUAUGUGAGUGAGGAGGACGAUGAUGAAGACUAUGAAACAGCUGUUAAGAACCUUAAUGGAAGACUCUAUCAAGAAAAGAAAAGGAAAUUACAAGGUUCUGCAAAAGAUAUGCCUGAAAACACAACAGGAGACAUCACAGGCAAAACUGACUUGAAAACUGAAGGAGAAUGUGUUACUGCUGAAAACACUGAAGAGAAUGAUGUUACCAGCUCUACUGAUUUAGUCUCUACAACUAAAGAAGAACCAACUGAAUCAGCUGAUGAGGCGAUAGCACACGUGCAGUCAGCUGAAGAGCCAGAUUCCAGCACAGGCAAUACUUCAGACAUCUCACUUGCGUAUCAGGCUUCCAAAAACUCUGGAUACCUGGCUUUCAACUCAGUCGAUAACACCUUACCAUCCUGUUUGGCUGAAAGUGCACAAGAAAAUGGUGAACAGAAUAUUACUGGUGGUUUGGUAGGGAAGACUGAGAGUGGAACUGAAGCUCAAGAAUUCAAUAGGCAAGGCCUAAUACUACCUCACAUCAGUCAGAUUUAUAACGAGUUGCAUGUCACCUAUCAGGAGCUCCAGAGAGAGCGUUCAGCACGGGAACAAUAUGCACUGGAACUUCAGAGACUAGAAUGUUUUCUAGUUCAGCGAGAAACAUUGCUUUACAGACGUGAAGCAGCUUUGGCUGAAAUGAAACGUGCUGAGGAAGAAGUUCAGGCAAGAUUUGGAAUUAUAAAAAAGCAACAUGAGACAGAAGUGAACCGAAUGAGGGAAACCUUGAGACGAGUGACUGAGGAAAAUAGUAAACUGAAGUCAUCAUUUAAUAGUGUGAUGGAAGAGGAUGACUCCCUAAGAAAACAGUUAAGUGACGCGAACGAACAGAACAAGAUGUUAGAAGAUCGAGCAAGAAGCAUGCAAGCUCAGUUAGACAAUUUACAGCAACAUGAGGCAGAAAUGAACCAAAUGAGAGAAACCUUGAGACAAGUGACUGAGGAAAAUAGUAAACUGAAGUUAUCAUUUAACAGUGUGAUGGAAGAGGAUGACUCCCUAAGAAAACAGUUAAGUGACGCGAACGAACAGAACAAGAUGUUAGAAGAUCAAGCAAGAAGCAUGCAAGCUCAGUUAGACAAUUUACAGCAGAAGAAUGCAUCUUUAAUGGCACAGAAGUCCAAGGAUUCAGGAGAAGUGGUGCGCCCAUGUCAACCUGUUAAGGAGGGAAAAGAGACAGGAGCAUCAAAAAGUGUUAAGCAACAUGAGGCAGAAAUGAACCAAAUGAGAGAAACCUUGAGACAAGUGACUGAGGAAAAUAGUAAACUGAAGUUAUCAUUUAACAGCGUGAUGGGGGAGAAUGACUCCCUAAGAAAACAGUUAAGUGACGCGAACGAACAGAACAAGAUGUUUGAAGGUCGAGCAAGAAGCAUGCAAGCUCAGUUAGACAAUUUACAGCAGAAGAAUGCAUCUUUAAUGGCACAGAUGUCCAAGAAUUCAGGAGAAGUGGUGUGCCCACGUAAACGUGUUAAGGUGGAUAAUGAGACAGGAGCAUCAAAAAGUGUUAAGCAACACGAGAAAGAAAUGAACCAAAUGAGAGAGACCUUGAGACAAGUGGCUGAGGAAAAUAGUAAACUGAAGUCAUCAUUUAAUAGUGUGAUGGAAGAGGAUGACUCCCUAAGAAAACAGUUAAGUGACGCGAACGAACAGAACAAGGUGUUAGAAGAUCGAGCAAGAAGCAUGCAAGCUCAGUUAGACAAUUUACAGCAACAUGAGACAGAAAUGAACCAAAUGAGAGAGACCUUGAGACAAGUGGCUGAGGAAAAUAGUAAACUGAAGUCAUCAUUUAACAGUGUGAUGGGGGAGAAUGACUCCCUAAGAAAACAGUUAAGUGACGCGAACGAACAGAACAAGGUGUUAGAAGAUCGAGCAAGAAGCAUGCAAGCUCAGUUAGACAAUUUACAGCAGAAGAAUGCAUCUUUAAUGGCACAGAAGUCCAAGGAUUCAGGAGAAGUGGUGCGCCCAUGUCAACCUGUUAAGGAGGGAAAAGAGACAGGAGCAUCAAAAAGUGUUAAGCAACAUGAGGCAGAAAUGAACCAAAUGAGAGAAACCUUGAGACAAGUGACUGAGGAAAAUAGUAAACUGAAGUUAUCAUUUAACAGCGUGAUGGGGGAGAAUGACUCCCUAAGAAAACAGUUAAGUGACGCGAACGAACAGAACAAGAUGUUUGAAGGUCGAGCAAGAAGCAUGCAAGCUCAGUUAGACAAUUUACAGCAGAAGAAUGCAUCUUUAAUGGCACAGAUGUCCAAGAAUUCAGGAGAAGUGGUGUGCCCACGUAAACGUGUUAAGGUGGAUAAUGAGACAGGAGCAUCAAAAAGUGUUAAGGUACUACUGAAUUCAAAAGUUUACGACCUCUUAACUAUUCUUAUGGACUGGAUCUCAAACCAACACCUUAGCAAAAUAGAAAUACAAGGAGAGAGAGAGGGCAAUGAUAAACCUCAGUGUGCUAAAGAAAACUACACUCCAGAAAAUUGUAUGAAGCUUUUGCAUAUGGUCACUGGACAGCUCCAGUGGAUGCCAUUUGUGGAUCCUAAACUACAUAUGCCUGUGAUUCAAUUUAUCUACUGGUCUCUAAGGCAGAUAAAUACUGGUAGUAAGCAUGCAAGCAUGACAUCAACAAUGGAGAGACUUGGAGAAGUUAUUUUCAAAGGCGUAGUACAUAAGGGAUACCUGCAAAAAUGGUCUGAAAAGUCUACACAGAGUAAACCAAAAACUGCACUUUUCUUUAAAAGCUCCUUUAUGCCUUUGAGGUUUCUGUCAACUUUAAUUUUGCUUGAAACAGCGAAACGAGUGAGUUACCUGACUCGGGCAUUUCAUUCCCUUUGCGUGGACUUGAAGACAGAUGAAGGAAAGAUGUUAUUUUUGCAAUACCAAUGUGUGCCUGUCAUACUAAGCCACUUAACUAUAUCAAGAAAAUGUCUCCUUUCUGGUGCUCUUGAUGCAUUAAUUGAGAUGGCCAGGAGCUCUGAUAAAAGUUUGGGGGACUUGUCCUUCCUUGUCCUUUCCAUCAAGAUAGAUUUCCUGCAAACCAGCAAACUAGCCAAGGUGUGCACCCAAAAGACUAAAAUGCCUUUAGCUUCUGUCGCAUCUUUCUUGUGCGGGCCUUACUGGUUAUUUUUUGAUAUUUUUACUUCUGUGGCUGGCAGACCUUCUGCUCUUAUGGGGGGGGUGAGGGGUUGUUAGACCUCAUUAAAAAAGAACAACUUUUCAUACAAUCUGUCUUGUUAUAAUCGUAGUUCCUGGCCUCCAAGGUGUAGGUUUUUGUUCUGGUCUUUUCUGUUCCUUGUAAACUUCUGUUCAGUCCAACUGACUUCUGUGACAUAAGGAAUCCUGUUCUAUUUUUAACCUUUUUUAUUGCUUUUUUUUGUGUGUGUGUGUGAUUGUCAUUUGAGAAUGGCGCUGGUCUCCCGUACAUCCCGUGUCACAGCUGCGUGAAGGUCUUGCACAUCUAGGAAGCUGAAGAGCAAUUCAUACCAUCCUGAGGUCAACACGUAUUGGGUGAUGGGCUGAAGCUGUCCUUGGGGUCUCUUAACUCGGGGUCACCCACGAAGGCAUCCACACUCGAGGGGCCUUGCGCUCACUGUUAUCUCGCCUGCCCUCCGUUGUGCUAUAACCACUGGCUCUUACCAGGCCCAGCUGUUGAUGACAAGAGAAUCAGUUAAACUCAGCAAAUGGUUCCAAUCUUGCAGGUGACUGUGUUAGAGACAACAGCUCAUUAGCAAGCUGUUCGGUGUUGUUACUGUUUCUUUCAAGUGUUUUCUGUUUCUGUGGUCCUUAUGUAACUUUUCCAUGAGCUAACUUUCCAUCACUCCGUUGGGUUGGUCCAGUCUCCUGGCAGAUCCACAUGCAAUUAGAAAUGAAGCAAAACUGUAAUGGUUAAUUUGUGAAAACAUGAACUUCAAGCUGGUGUUCCUGACAGUCUUCAUUUUCUGAGGUGACAGAGCUUUAGCUAUAAAACAGAAUUUUCUGAAUAACUAUAGCUGGUGAGAUUUGAUGCUGUGAGUGACUGAUUACUUUGAGGGUAAAUUUCAGAUGAAUUCUGUCAACAGUGAUAAAUUGCUCAUUGUUCAUUGCAGUCUACCAAUCAAGUUAAGUUAAUGUAACUACAAAAUGCUGCAUUUUUUAUGGUUACAAUGGGAGGCUUUUGCAGAUUAUUUAAAAUUGUGUCAAAUCCUGACAGGAUAGAUUCCAAUUUAGUUUUUCUACAGUAGUUAAUAAAAACAAAAUCUGUGCAGAGAUGAAACAGGAAAAUAUUUAAAAAUAUACAGUUUUUAUUCUUCCAGUUCAUCAGAUAGACAGGCAUUUAAAUUAUAUGCUUACUUUGUACAUUUUUGAUUAUUUAAAAUAUAUUCUGCAAAAGCUUAUUUGAAAUGAAUAUAUAAACAAUGUAUGAAAAAUCUCUUUAAAUGCAUGUCUUUAUCAGUUUGCUUUCAUGUAAUUGAACUUUGUAAGACUUGAGAUAUUAUUUCCACCUUGGCUCUUCUGUUUUAUAGCAAAAAUCUCUCAGCAUAUUUUUUAUAUAGUUUUAUAAACCUCACAGUUAAAACAUUCUUACAGUGUAUAUGUGUGUAUAUAUAUAUUAAUAAAGUAUUUUUAAGA